AUGGGACACCUCUCCCAGCCCGGAUGGGCGCCGUUGGCCUGCAACUUCAACCUCAUCCUCAACGUCUUCCUCGCCCUGCCUCUCGCUCUCACCUCCCAGGCCGCCCUCUUCGAGCCGACGCCUUCUCCGAACCUCGACCUCAAUCCGCUCGGCCGCAUUGCCCUGGUGGGGAAUUUCGACGCUGCCUCGCUCUACUCCUACAAGCCUACCAACAAAGAAGGCCUCGCCGGCUUCAAUGGCUCCCUCAAACAGUCGCUCAUCGCCCCCUUUCCCGACGGCUCCCUCUUCCCCAUAUCCUCUGCCGACGCCGAUAUCCUGGCCAUGUGCCCGUUAAAGGACAAGGAUGGCUCUGUCACCAGCGUCGUGGUGGGCGGUAACUUCACCAGCCUUGGAGGCGUCGAGUCCAACGGCGUGGCCGUUUUCGACUACAAAAACAUCCGUGUAUCUGCCGUGCCUGGUCUCUCCGGAACGGUCAACGCACUCUACUGUGACAGUGACUCGAACAUCGUCUACGUCGGAGGAGAGUUCAGAAACGCAGAGUCCACCAACGCCGUCAUCUGGUCUCCCAAGUCGGGCCUUUCCAACCUGCCCUUCAGCGGGUUCAACGGACCCGUCACAUCGAUUGUUCCCGCAAAGGAUGGCCGCGUUGUAUUUGGUGGCUCGUUCGAUGGCCUAGAAAACACAACAAGCCCAGAGAGGAAGGACCAGCAGAUUGUCAACCUGUUUACUGCCGAGAUCUCUGUCGGCUCAGGCUCGACUGCUGGAGGCUUUGACGAUCCUAGGAGCAUCAUCUGCCCUACCGAUGGCCAGUCUGGCCCCGGAAAGACCUGGUUGCUCACAGACAAUGCCCCGGGCUACUGGCGUGCUAACUUGCACUAUGGGUUCAGACCAACUAAGCUACGCGUUCGCAACGUUGUUAUGGACGGAAGAGGAACCAAAACAUUCAGAUUUACAGCCCUGCCCGACGGCGGGAUCCUGAACAUGACCUAUGUCGACCCCGAGAGCGGCCAGAAAAUUCCAUGUGAUGCUAGAUGUCCUCUCUCUAACGAUCCAAAGUAUGCUACUCGAGACUUCUCCUUUGUCAACAAUGUUGGCAUGAGCUCGUUCCAGCUGGAAGUCUCAGAAUGGUACGGACAGGGUGGUGGUUUUACUGGCAUUGAACUGUUCCAGGAUGAUAUUUAUGCAUAUGCUGUUAAUGACCUCAAUGAACCCACCUGUGCUGGUAUUCCGUUUGCCUCUACUGCUACCACGACUGGUGAAUGGAAGGUCCAGCCAUCUCACGAUAGUUCUUCUGACUAUUUAACCACCCAAAUCGAUGCAUCUACCGACACUUCCACCUCAGUCACCAUACAGCCAGACAUCAAGCAGUCGGGUAACUACUCCGUCACCAUUUUCACACCAGGCUGUAUUCAGGAUGGAACCUGUGCCACCCGUGGAACCGCCAACGUAACUGCCACUCUCAAGUCUUCCGAAGAUGCACCUAUCGUGGCCUCGAUAUCACAGACCAACAACUUCGACAAGUUUGACCAGAUCUAUGUCGGCCAUGUUGAUGCUAGCACCAGCAAAUUCAGACCAUCCGUCACAAUAACCCCCCGCCAUGACCAAGGCAUGAUCGAUUUUGUGGCAUCUAGAAUCUGGUUCCAAUUGAUUUCAUCUACUGGCGGUUUGAAUGGACUGUAUGAAUACGACCCAAAGGCGACAACUGUUGACACCAACUUCACUCAGUCUGCCAUCAACAAAGCCGGUACUGAACUUGAGCCUGAGGCAAUCAUCAACUCUCUCGUGUGGGACAAGGAUACCUUAUUCAUUGCAGGAAAUUUCACAAAGGAACCUAUUAGCAACAUUGUGUCACUUUCAGAUGGGACAUCGUCCCCCUUAUCACAGAAUGGUUUGAAUUUCGCGAUCAAAACUAUGCAGCUUCUUGACGGUCUGCUCUACGUUGGUGGCAACUUUUCAAACACUGCCGUUGGGGAUAAUGACAAGCUUAGCAGUGUUGCCGUAUACUCCAUAUCUGACAAGACCUGGCACUCCCUUGGUGCUGGAGUUAACGGCCCUGUCACUUCACUCGUCCUGUUCCCAACCAAUGUUACCUCAGGCAAGACCGAAACAACUAUCGCAGUUAAUGGAUUAUUUACAGAGAUUAAUGCGGCCGAUGGUCACCCUGCAAUACCCGCGAAUGGAUUCGCUGUCUGGGUACCGUCAGCAAAGAAAUGGCUGAAAGAACUGGACAUUGACCAUUUGGCAUACGUUGGCCAGCUCACUGCUUCCAGUCAGGUAGGCGAUGAGACCCUCUUGGCUGGAAAUCUUGCUUCUGGUGGAAUCGCUUCACACGGUGCUGUCAAUCUAGUUGACAACAACAAGCUUGGCCUCCGUGCACUACCAGUAAAUAUAGAGCUCGGUCAAGGUAUGCUACCUGAGCGUAAUGCGAAGCGCAAACUUGCAACAGGUGGCAGCAGCGGAGUCAUCACCGGUCUCUUUGAUACCGAAGGUGGUCGCAACCUCACAAUGCUAGCUGGUCACUUUACCGCAAAGACAUCUGACAACUCUGUCGUCAAUAACUUGGUCUUCCUCAAUGGCGCACAACACGAUGUCGUGACUGGCGCCGGUCCCGGGAUUGAUGCAAACUCAACCUUCUUAUCCCUUGCAGUUAACAAAGACAUGCUUUUGGCCGGCGGGAAAAUCUCUGGAAAAGUUGCAGAUGCAAAUAUCAAAGGCCUCGUUGUCUAUGAUCUCAAGAAUGAACAUCGUUACGCCUCCAACCAGCCUUCCGCAUUAGACGGCGACGAUGUUGAAGUUCGCGCCAUUGCUCCUCGUCCUGGCACCAACGACAUCUUCGUUGGUGGAGUCUUCCAAUCUGCCGGCUCUCUGCCUUGCCCGUCAGUUUGCUACCUUGAACUUGAUGGCAACCAAUGGAAUCGCCCGGGUACAUCCCUACGAGGAGAUGUUACCGUCCUCCUUUGGACAGAGAACGAUCAACUGCUCGUUGCUGGAAACCUCACUGUUGAGCGUAACGCGACUAUGCUCGCUAGAUACAAUGCAAAGGAACAAGAAUGGUCCACUAUCACAGGAAAGAACUCCGAAAGCAUUAAUGGUGAAGUGCGUGCCCUUGGCCUUUCACAGAGCGAUGGCUCAAAGUUUUGGAUCGCCGGGAAAUCCGCUGAUGGAGCCUCGUUCCUUGUUCACUACGACGGCACUGAAUUCCGCUCGGCUGGUCGCUUGUUUGGAGAGAGUACCCUAAUUGAGGGGCUGCAAGUUCUUCCACUCACCAAAACUCACGGCAAGACCGAUCUAUUAGAGGAGAACCAAUCUCUUCUAAUCACAGGCAAACUCCAGCUGCCCAACUUUGGAUACGUGUCUGGAGCCCUCUUCGACGGAACUACACUUGAACCAUUCAUACUUUCUAGUAUGUCUGAUGGUCGACCAGGGAGCAUAUCUGGAAUAUUCUCUGAGAACAAGAUCAACGUUGCUGGCCACCCCCUAGGCUGUGUCUUCUUCCUUGUUCUCUUCGGCAUUCUCCUUAACCGCUACCGCCGUUACAAGCAAGGCUACGUCACUGCACCUCAAGGCACAGAUCGAAAACCAGAUCUCAAUCGCGUUCCUCCAGAAUACCUUCUGGAGUCCCUCCGCCAUCGGACCCCCGGCACACGCAUCUAA